CGCCUGCUCGGCCCUUAGCGUACGUUGUGUCCUGGAGCGAUCUUGUGUGGGUGAAGAGCAAGCUAACGCCCCCAACAACAGGGCUCGCUUAAGUGCCAGUGCGAGAACACCCUUAAGCUCCAAUGUUACGCGCAGGCCGAGUAUCGAUGCCCUUUCCCCAUAGUGAAUGUAAGUCAACACUGGUCUUUGUGAGCAUCAAAACUUCAGCACUGACAGCCCACCAGACCUGCGGCAGCGAAGGUCCAACGGCCAGCGACAGCGCAUUCCCGCCCUGUGGACCGGGCCAUGAUUCUUGCGACUCCAACAAAAUCUGUCAAUCGAUUCAGGAUAGCUGCACUGGAAGCCAAUGCCAGGGGGUCUGCAUCCCCAAACCACCCACACCACCCACCUCAGGGGGUAGUUCUGGUGGUUCGGAGGCACCUACCGUAUAUCGGUACUGUCAAGAGGAUAGCUCCAACUGUCGAUCCGGCGAAUACUGUGUCAGGAACCCCAGGAGCCCGUGUGGUGCUCAGUGCGCGCAGUCGUUUGUCUGUGUCGAACCUCGGACGACCUGUGGUGGGUCUGAUGGAGUUAGCUGCCCGCGGAACCAGUUCUGUGUUGACGAUUCGGAGUAUUGCUUCGUGUCGGGUAACGAUGAUGGCGAGUGCGUUGGAAUCUGUGUCUAGGAAUAGUCGCUGUCCAUGACCACAGAGGCCAUCGGAUGGGACAGUAGCAGGCCAUAAAAUGUGAUGAUUUCUGAGGAACCUCGAAAGUAAUGAUAAUAUAUAUGCUCGAAAAUUGACAACAUUUUCACACGCAGGAGAAUAAAAGGAGCCUCGCGCUCGGCAUCGAUCAAGAUGAAAUGGACUUGGAGAUAAUAUCAGGUACAUGGACGGAAUUGAAGAUGCUUUACGACACAGUACUCACAGGUGUGGUGCUAUUAUAUCAAUAUGCACCAAAAUGAAUGUCAUUUUAGAAUAUCAAGGCCAGAUACCUGUCGUUUUAUGAUGAAAUAUGGUUAACUCUGAAUGCAGUGCGAAGAUU